UAAGGGAGAAGACUACGUCUGCUGGAGCUGUGGUUUGUCUCUAUAAAAUGCCAGGAAUGGAGGUGAAAUACAUUACUAGGAUCGUCGUCGAUUUUGUAUUACUAUCGAUAGUGGCCAUCCCUAUCCUUCUGUUCUUUCUGUUGGGCAAGCCAUAUGAACGUGGGUUUAACUGCGAUGACGAAAGCCUGCGUUACCCUUAUAAGGACUCGACUGUGAGCACCUUUGUGCUCUAUGUGGUGGGCACAUUCCUGCCUGCCAUAUCG